GAUCUGAACAUGCGCAGUCUGCAGUGGGCGAUACAUGCAGUGGGGUCAGGUGCCGCCAGGAGGCGCGGUGAGUGGGAGUCGCAGACUGGGGCCCAGGUUUCUGGGCCGAACCCCCCGGGGAGUUGCGGCUGUGUUUUUGCGCCUUGUCUCCGUUACUGUUGCUCCUGCGCGGGUGCUGGGCCUCGCCGCGAUGACAGGGCCCGGCUGGGUACCGGCGGCCACUCGGCUUUGGAAGGUGCCGGGGUUUGAGGUGCUGCGGUUCAGCGGGGUGUCGGGCUGGGGACCGGGCCACAAGAACGACCUGGUGCUGGGGCUCGGCGACAGCUCCCGGGCCCGGAGCCGGCAACAUAUCGUCUACUUCCCGGGGGACGUGCAGAACUACCAUGACGAGAUGAUACGACAUCCAGAAAACAUCCGUUGGCAGCAGUGGAGCCUGGAAGGAGUUGCUGCUUUGCUGAUCCAUCGUUUUCCUAAUAGUCACAUCUGGAUUGUAAAGGCUUCCCGGAUUCACCUGCAUAAGUUCAGUUGCUAUGACAACUUCGUGAAAAGCAAUCUGUUUGGUGUGCCUGAACAUAAUUCAGACUGUCGGGCUUUCAAGCACCUUCAUGCACUCUUGACCAAUGUUUUCAAGCAGGCACAUAGUAUCCUCCAUUCAUGGACGAAACCUUGUGAAAAUGCUCAUAGUUCAUUUACUUUUGCACAUGAUGAAGGCUCCAGUACACAUUGUGAAACUGCAAAUGGUUUUGCAGCUAAACAUGACCUGGAUACUACAGGUCGGCAGCGCUCUUCUGGAGCACAAAGAGAGUAUGAGGACUUGAAAUGUACCGAUCCUUCAUUGAAAUUUAUAUUAAUUGGUUUCAGCAAAGGUUGUGUGGUUUUAAAUCAGCUGCUAUAUGCACUGUCUGAAGCAAAGAAAGACAAGGAACUAUCUGCCUUCAUUAAUAACAUCAAAGAGAUGUAUUGGUUGGAUGGUGGUCAUGCUGGGGGAAACAACACCUGGGUCACCAAUCCUGAAGUCUUGAAGGGAUUUGCACAAACAGGUAUUCCUGUGUACGCACACGUUACACCUUAUCAAGUGCGAGAUGAAAUGAGAGCUUGGAUUGGAAAAGAACACAAGAAAUUUAUCCGGCUCCUUAGCGAAUAUGGUGUAAAAGUAACAAACCAACUUCAUUUUGAGAAUGAAACCCCUUCUGUGGAUAAUCACUUCAGGGUGCUUCAAGUGUUCAAAGAUGCUUUGGAUCCAUAGUGACAAAAUGAUUCCACAAUGGUCAGUUUCAGCUGUUGCUCGUGAAUCAGUAUCGAAAAAAAUGCUGAGAAGUAAUAUUGACUCUCCAAAUGCAUUUAAUAGCUUGAGGGCGGACUAAUUACAUGUAAUUUUGCCUCCCACAAAUCUCUAAUAGAGACUCAUCUGUUUUAUGUACGUUGAAGUACUGUCCUCAUUGCAUUUGUUUUGCAUUCCUUUCUGUUGCAUUUGUUGUCUUGCUGUAAAAAAAAAAAGGAUGCAUUUGUCAACUUCUCAAAACAAUUAAAACUUUAGUUUCAAGCAAAAUGUGGGACAACUGAAUUUUUCAAUAAUACCCAACUUUAUCCUAUUAUGGGCAUUCUAACACUUACUGGAUUUGCCCUCGAAUGUUGAUCAUCCAAAAAGUGCUGCAGAAAUAAUGAGAUGUUAAACUAAGGUCCCAAAAUAACACAGGAACAUCAUUGGUACAAAGUUCAAAGUGUAAAUGUAAGUGAUUUGAUUAAUAUAUUCAGAAUCUUUUCAUUUCCUUGUUGCCUGUCAUGGUUAUGACUGCUGAACUGGAAAUACCUUAGAUGGCGAGGCAAUCAGGCAUUGAAGGGAGAUUUGAAUUGCUGCAAAUCAGAUGCAUCAGAGUUUUGGGCUUU